CAACAACAACAACAUAAUCUUCCGGUUAGGGAGAAAAGAUGCCCUCGCAGCUGUUGCUCUGCAGCGGGGAGACCUCUUGAGAUCAGUGAGACAGCCCAAUGCCUUCAGCCAGCGGGGGCAAAAUGUGCUUUUAAAAAAACAAAAAAACAGGAAACAUUUGAAAAUGUUCAUGCCAUGUUCCCAAGUAUGUCCCUUGCUCCUUUUUAGCGGGCGUCCAGUAGCGUAGUGAGGGGAACAAGGGGCGCCCCCCCCCCCCCAAUGCUCAGAAAGUUCCUGUCUGUGAAAAGUGCAAAUGUGUAAUAAAUUGAUACCUCAAGGGGGGGGGGGUUGAUAUUCAAACAAAAUCAAAACAUUUUAAAAGACAUCAAGCAAAUGACUGUAAGAAAUAUUCCGAGAUGUAUUUUAAGCUAACCUAAAGGGCAUGGUUGCAAAAAUUUUCGGGAGAUGUCUCGUCUGUACCUCUACAGGAUGUUUUACAAUUUCCUCUCGUUUUAGGGUUUAUAUAGGAACGUCCUUCGCGCUCUUAAGACAUUUCCAAUAAAAUAGAAGUUAAAUGCUAAGCUCUUCAAUCCUUGAAAAACUGGAUUCUGAAAUGCUAUUCAGGGAUUUUGCUCGGACUUAGUUUGAAUCCUUUAGAUACUGUUUAUUUUUUUUAGAUAUUUGCUUACAACUUUGUAAAAUCAGAUUUUAUACGUAGAGCUUCCUCGCCUCACAAAAUUCAGAAUAUAAACGUUGGAGGAAUCAUGAAGGAAGAAGACAAAUUUCAAAUUCAACUUCAUUUUCAUUUCAAACAACAAGAAAUACAAGAUAAAGUUUAAAUACAUCUAUGUGAAGAGAUUAAAUGACAAAUUCUGAAUUUAAACUAAUGACAAUAAUUGCUUAUGCACAAACAGUAAUACAUAACUUCAUGUAUCAUUUUUUCUCGUUCUUUAGGACCCUUAGAAAAAACUCCAAAAAGGGCUAUCGAGCUAAGGGGCCCUGCUUUUUAAGAAUUGAAGAUUAAGAGCGGUGACAACAGCAUAAUGAUGAAAGCAUAAAAAGUACAAGCUUAUAAAUUGCAAUUAUAAUGUGUAUAUAAGGAAGGGGAAAAAAUAGAAUAACAGAGUAGGUAAAAACAAUGAAACUAUCUGGAUCGUGAAAGGAUGCAAGGACACUCAGUUGUGGCGCAAUGGAGAUGUUAUUUUGCGUGACAGUCUAAUGUACCUCCACCUUUUCCUUUCUUUGUUUACCUAAUUCGUCUUAAAAUAUAACCUCUAAUCUAGACGAUUAUACCCCUCUCUGACUCAAUUUAUUAGGAUUUAAUUGAUGACUACAAGUAGAAAGUUACAGCUCGCGAAAUUCUUGCUAGACAUGGCAUAUUGCGUGGUGUAGUUAACAUGUCCAUACCUCAAACUUGGUGGUCAGCACGGUGCAACUAUCUCAUUCCGUAAAUAUGGACUCAUUUGCUAAAGUAUCAUCAUAGUAUGCUUUGCUUUGCUUAACAUUUGUGUUUAUUAUUGAUACCUAUUUGAGAAUUCAUUUCUCACGUCGAAACAUUGUUUUUGAUGAAAUUGCUUGAAUAGAGUGUAAUAGAAAUAAUUUGCUGAUUACAUGUAGGUAAUUAUUAUUACCCACGCAUGUUUAGUGUAUUUAUAAAAGCUUAAUCAUUAUGAUCAUGGAGGGGUUCCGAGGUGUAAAGGUCAAAUGUAAACGAAGCUGAUAAAUGAUAGAAAGUUAAGUUUAAAAGACCGAGUUUCUCUUAGUGUGAAACUGCUGAUUCAGUUUGCUUCGCGCACCCCCUUAGUUUCCUGGCUUUACACCUGGGAUGACUAUAGUUUUACAAGUAAAAAUGAAAUUAUUGCUAAAAAUUUACUUGUCUCAAUUUCCAAUCAGAGCUAUAACUGAAAUAACUCAGUGUUUCUUUUUACUGAAGAAUGCAAUUCAUUGCCAGCAAGGAUCACUCCCAGAGUUAUAUCAGACCCACUCGCAUCCACAAGAUAACAUAUUAGAGAAAAAUGUAUUAAAAGGCUACAAUCAUACGAGUACAAGGUGUCUUAUGAUCGCAUUACGCGUGAAUCACAGAGUCGCAACUUAAAACUUUUUUGUCCUAUGUACCAAACAUUGAUGAAUCUACCUAUACGGCAUCAAGCACAAUAUGACAGAACGGUAAAACAGUAAUGUUCAUGUAUCCAAGUGAUAUAUUGACACCUCAAGGAAGCUGCAGUCUCUGCGGAAAUGUUGCAAACUCUUUCUGUUUAAAUUGGAAAAUUUCCUUCUACUGCUACCUGUUGUGAAGUCAAUAUAUAUUUCGCAGCCCAAGCCAUCAUGGGGGAUUCCUACUCGUCCCAGUCUUCUUUCGUUAUAUAUUCACGCCCUUUAUUGUAAGGUCAAGUUUUUCGAAGUAGUGAAGUUACGAUAAAGUCACGCUACAAGUUUAUGAUGGGCUAACAAGUUACGUUUACGUUAUAGUUGUUUAAAGUCACGUUUUGUAUAUAUUUAAAGAUAAAAUCAACGAUAUGGAGUUUCAUUCACGUCUACGCUCUACCGAAGCUAUGUUCAAAAUACUACCAAACUCAGAUAUCAUUAGAUCUGAUUAUGCUAAUUCUAACUGCACCCAAUACUUAUUUGAAUUUCCUUCUUUGAAAUGACUCUCCCGGCACGUAAAUGUUAAAGGCUUACAAUUUUAAUGUUAAAUGUCUACAAUUUUAAUACACAAUUAAUAGCAGUUGUCAUCGUCAUUCGGAAAUUUUGUACCCUGGGUACCAGAGCAACAUAAAUUCGAGAGCGGAUAUAGAAGAUAGAAGUGGAGCAGCGGAGGAGCGUCUAUCUUUCUUCUCCGCUUCUCCACUUUUAUCAUCUAUUUUCGCGCUCGAAAUUUUGUGGCUCUGGACCCCAGGGUAGAAAUUUUGUACCCUUCACCCUCCCAAAAAUAUCCGUCAAUUCGCGUGCCUGCCUGAUACUGUUGGUCGCACUAAUUCAUUGAAAACAUUUAUACCGAAAAUAUUUGCAAGGAAAGUUGAACUGAAGGACAGAACAUUUGCUUUUCAAAACGAGGUUCAUAUGGCGGGAAAACUAAAUUCGGCGUUAGUCGUCAGCAAGAAGUCAAAGGGUUAUGAGCAAAUCAUGGAUAAAACCAAGAAAAACACAAAUUUUCAACUAGAAAUUAUUUCUGAAAGCCUGAGAGAGCUUCAGCAAGAAAAACGAAAACUUGAAAACUUUCUCGACAAUGAGCAGGCAAGGAGAAAAGACACAGAAACAAAGCUCAACCUCGUGAAUGCACGUUACAGCAAUGUCCAAGAAAGGUAUUCACGAUUAUCAGCCACAAGAGACAUUGCAAGGCAGAAGAUGUAUGAAAGUAAAGAACUGAUAAACAGAUUGCAGAGACUUCAUGUUGAAAAGCAAAACCUUAUUAAUGAUACGAGAGAAAAGAUAAAUUUGGGAAAGAGGCGAAGGGAGGAAAUGAGCACCGAAUUUGCACAGCAACUUCAGAACCUGGCAAAGACUUUCUUUAGUGCACGCGAAGAAUAUAAUGAAGUAAAACUGCAUGGCGAGCAAAAAGAUUUGGAGAAAAAGAUACAAGAAACAAAGAAUGCAGUUCAAGAGAGCAAACAAACAAUUGAUGAACUGACUGAAGAGUUUUCAAAGAUCAAAGUAGAAGAAGAAAAACAGGAAUCAAGAGAUGACUGGCCCACUGUUGAUGAGGUCCAAAUGGUUUUAGAGAUGUUUGAAGAAGAGGCUAAUCUCGGAAAGGAAACACUUGAUAAAAGUGAGGUUGAUCUCAAGUUUGCAAGAGAAAAGCUGGAACUUUUGAAAGAAAGAUCAAAAGAGCUUGGAAUAUCUAGCGAACAAGCAGAAGAGUGCUAGGUGACAAGAUGAUUUACAUUGAUCUGUUAAAACCACAAAGCUUCACAGCUGAGCUUUAAAAUCAUUUGCCAUGCAUCUAAUUUGGUUUCUUCUUACAGUUAACUUAUACCGUUGGACAUCGUUGCAUAUAAAGAAAUACAUAUACAUUUAUUCACUUUUUCACAUCUUUUUGAAUGUUCCUUUUAAAUGUUCCUUUUAAUUCUAAACUGCAGAGGGGCAGCAGUGUAAAUAAAUCGUCCUCUUACCCCUUACCCCUGUUGGGACAAAGUUUUUGCUGACGCUAUUUUUACUUGUUGAUUUUGGUUGAGUGUAUUUCUUGCAAUCUACAGGUCUAUCUAUAUCAACGUUUGGACUAAUUUCAAUGAAAACCCUGCUAAUUUCAAUAUCCUAUUUACCAAUAACGCGGGGGCAUGUUCCCCUGGCCCCCCUGUUGUAAAGGCCCCGUAUAAGCAUGCUUUAGAAGGUGGUCAAAAAUUAUACACUUUAUAAACAACCAGGGGUGUAUAUGCUAUUGAGACCGGUUGUUGUUACCUCGUGCGCUUCUGGCUGAGGAAGCUGUUGGCCUAAAGCUGGCGAAACCAUCUCUAUCUGCGUCCAAAAUUUAUGACUGUGUAUAUCAUUAUUUCACAGAAAUUUGUUAAAACUGAAAACUUUAUAUCAAAAUGAUGAAAUAUAAUCAUGCUUUCCUAAAACAAUGAAUUAAUUCUUUAAGAAUGUACAGACAAAAAUUUGAAACAAAGAACUGAAGUAAAGUGUGUGAUGCUAUGAAGGUUUAAUGAUAUCGAAAAAGACAAAAAAUUGUCAAAAAAUAUACAUAAUGCAUGGGAUGAGUAAUAUGAAAAAUUGGAAUGUUAUUAGUAUGAAUACAUUGCGAAAGCUUUAUUGCAACCUAUCGAUAAAAAAAUCAGUUAUUGGUAAAAAUGAAUUGUCCCUUGACAAGAUAAUCUGAUAAUCUGAAUGG